CUUUAUGCUUUUUCGCGCUUAAAUACAUGAGAACUCCAAGAUAGCGAGCUGUAUUACGAUGGAAACCCCAAAAAGUGCUAGACAUCAAAUACGUAACAUGCGUAUUCAUACACCGAGAUUGUCGGAAAGGAAAAAGAAAUUAUUUAUGACGACGCAAACUAUUAAUUUGAGCAAUGAGGAAAAUGAUGAUGAAGGCGAAUUAUUAAAUGGAAUAAAGCCUUUGAUGGCAGACGAAAAGUGUAAUGAUGAGAUUCCUCAGACCUGUAAAACUAUUGAAGCACUAAUAAAGUCAAAUCGAGAUUCCAAGAAGCAGGUGAUAAGUUUCUUCGCCAAUGAUUUAGAUGAGGCAGAAGAAAUAAAUCCAACACCUAGUCGUAGAAGUUCUCGUUUAUGCCUCAAGAAAGGAAAAUCACCCAGUAAAAGUCCUUCUACGGUUCAUAAGGAAAAUAUACCAAUGAAAGAAGCCCUGCAACUGCACCAAAUAUUUUCAGUUUCAAUGCGUUUAACGCCAAGGAAAAAAACAAAAGAGUUAAUGAUGGAAGCGACCUCUGAUAAUGUACCCAAUGCAGAGGUAUAUCCUAUAGGCGAAAGUAAAAAUGCAAAACAAUCUAUGAAACGUCAUAUUGAAGAGAUGAGCCAAAGCGAUUUGAUUCCUAAAUGUAAGCAAGCUAAAGUAUGCACAUCGGUGGACGGAGUGUCAAUUUCAACAAAAUCGUUUUAUUCAAAUAAAAACAUGUCUCCAAACGACAACUUGGGAAAACGAAAUAUCUCUCACAAUAUCGUUAAAUCUAUGCAAAGUAAAUCGAAGUAUAUACGUCGUAGCUUUGGAACUCCAUCUCUUUCCCUAAAAAAUCGAGGUGUUCAUCAUAAAAUACGCAAACCUUCACGCCAAAUAGCUACUGAUGCACGUCGUAGUCAUACCUUGGAUAUAGAGUAUAUACUUGGUAACAUACGUAAUGAGAAGUUACGAAAACUUAUUGCUGAUAAGCGCGCCGAGAAGCAACAAAUUGAAAAAGUGCACAAAAUACUCCGCCAGGCUACAAAUCCCAUAGCAAUGGCACGGCCAUUAAGCUCUCUCUCGCACAACGAUGACAGUAAUAAUAACGAGAUUGUUCCCAAAGAUAAGCUGCAAUCCCAAAAUCAAAGUGAAGCCAGCAUCGAUUUCUCAGACAGUGAAAAAAGCGAUGACAGUGACGAAACAACACAAUUCAUUUCGCAUAAUAAUGAGAAUAUGCCACAAGUGAUAACAGGAAUCAAUUUUCAUCAAACACAUAUGGACGGCAAUUCGAUGCCGAAUGAGGGCAGACGAAAAUUCUUCAAAUCUGGACGAGCACACUUACCAAAACAUGUACAAAUAACUGAGAAUAUCAAAGCCACUGUCGAACCCAAUGGAAAAUUGGUUAUAGUUGCAGAUGGGAUGAAAAAGUCUCGCAAGAAAAAAUAUGCUACAACGGAUAGAUGCAAAUUUUCAGAUGAGCAAGCCACCGUAGAAGCUAUAUUGCGCAAUCUUGAUGAUAGCACGUGUCGCGAUGAGACAACAUCGCCAGAAAAUGCGAAUGCAAUUGCAGAUGUAAAUAUUGUACCCAUAAUCGAGGAUUAUGAUCAACAAAUAGCUUUAAUACAUCAGGAUGAUAGCAAUGAAGCAUAUAAACUGCAAACAUAUGAUUUUGCGGAAUUUCGAAACCGUUUGCCUUUUAAUACCACUGAUCCAGAAAUAAUCGAGCGUCAGCAUUUACUAUUGGAUUUUCUUAUUACCAAUAAUCUAUGCAAUGAAGAGAACUUCACCAUAUUUAUUGCCGAUCCAGACAAUCAUAAAGAAGAAGCUGAGCGUAUUGUAGAUGAAUUGGUUAUGAUUGUUAACGAACAACAAAUAGAAGAAUUUCGCCGACGAAUACCAUAUAAUACAAAUGAUACUUUUCUAGCCGCACAACAGCAACGUUUUCUCGACUUUCUUAUCGUUAACAAUAUAUGCACCGAAGAAAAUUUCGAUAUAUUUAUAAGGAACUUUGAUACACGAAAACGGGAGGCCGACGAAAUAUUAAUAAAAUAUAUGGGAACAGUAAAUAACUUAGAAGAGAAUCCGGAAGAAAUAGAAAACACCAAUAGCAGUCCAGAGAUGGAAAAUAUAAAUAACUCGCUUUCAUCGAUGAAUAGUCCGAUUAUACCUGCAUUAAUUCCAACGCCUUCGACAUUGACGAACAAUAAUUUGAUAACCGAUCAAAAACUAUAUCCCAUUUUUUAUAAAGCAAAUGGCACCAAAGCUUUACAAUUGCCUGUCACAACUCGUACCAAAAUACAGCACAAGACUUUAAAUGCUGGAUUUGGUUUGGAUCAAUAUCAAAUCGAUGCUGGGCAAAAGCAGUUUGGAGUCACUCAGUGCCAAAAGUGCGGUUUAUUGUAUACCGUGCAUGAACCUGAAGAGGAGAAAUUGCAUCGGGAAUUUCAUGCUUCAUUGCAUAUAUUGCGUUUUAAAGGGUGGAUCGAUGAAGAUACCGUUGCCAUAUUUCCUGAAUGGAGUCCAGAUGGCCGCAUUUUGCGUUUAACUGAAAUGUCACCGCCUAAACGUCAAGAACGUUUACUGGACGUUUUAAAAAUAGUUGAUAAGGAACUUGGUUUCGGUUCCCAUAUACCGAAAAUAUUUGUCGCUUAUUUGGCAGUACGUAAAAUGCAAAUUGUUGGCCUAUGCUUGGUUCAUCCUUUAGAGAAAGCUAAUAAAUAUCUCGAGGAGAAUGGUGCCGACUAUUGUACGGAAGAAGAGUUCGAAGUCAAAUGUGGCGUUUCCAGGAUAUGGGUUUCACCUUUACAUAGACGUAUGCACGUUGCCUCGAAACUAUUACGCGCAGUACAAAUAAAUACAAUAUUUGGGGAGGAGAUGUCCAUGUCUCAAAUAGCAUUUAGCGCACCGACCGUUAUGGGUAAACUAUUUAUUCAAAAACUUACCAAAAUGAAGAAUUUUCUGGUUUAUCAAGGAGAAGUUUCCCCAAAUUAUUAGUUUGCCCCCUUUUUUAAAAUUCUUUGUUAAUUACUUUUUUACGAGACAUAGAAAGCAUAAUAAUCUAUAUUUUUUAGAAAUAAAACGCUUUUAUUAUUAUUAAAGGAGAAUAUGAAUGAAUCAAAAUAAAGGAUGGAAGAUUGGUAUAACUUUUCGCUAUUGGUAACUUUGCCUAUGCUUAAGAACCUAA